ACUCAUUUGGGGAGAACAAUAAGAUUGCCCUUUGGACAAAAGGCCGUGUGCAAAUCUGCGGCGGCGUAAAAGGAAACAGACAAUACGAAUGAUACUACAUCAUCACCCAACUCCUGAGAUAACAACUUUCAAUAAGUUAUUUUCUUCGUUGGUCAUUCAGAAAUUCUUCACUCUCGAGGGAGAACUGGCUGGUUUAAUGGAACGUGUUUCACUGUAAGACAAAAUACUAACAAAAGCAGAGUGCUAACUGGACGAUGAAAAUAUUCUGGUGUUUACUAUUUUGGUAAAUUAAAAUUUAGUCAAUGAUCAAACAGGAAACUGUAAUAAUAGCUAUAUUUUCCAAAUUCUGAAUAUCAACUAUUAUUAAUAUAUUUAGCGUUCACUAGCUCAGUAGUUAACAUUUGUUGGUAAAAACAGUCUUACUACAGAAUGGGAAGAUAUACAGGGAAGAAGUGUCGAUUGAUCAGCAUGUUUUCAAUGACUAGCAGCUUUUUUCUAGUGGAAAUAAUCGUCGGUUACGUCACGAAUUCUACAGCUUUAGUAGCCGAUUCCUUCCACAUGCUCUCUGACGUUCUAGCCCUAGUCAUAGCUUUUGUGUCUAUAAGGAUGUCUCCUAAGAAGUGGACUAAGAAUACAUUUGGUUGGGCCAGGGCUGAAGUUUUAGGUGCUUUAGUGAAUGCUGUUUUCCUCAUCGCUCUCUGCUUUUCCAUUUUUAUGGAAGCGUUGAAACGUUUCUUUGAACCCGAAGAAAUUCACGAUCCUGUCUUGAUUCUUUAUGUAGGUGGCGCUGGUUUAUUUGUUAACGUUAUCGGAUUGUUCCUGUUUCACGAACACGGUCAUAGUCAUGGUGGUCAUUCCCAUAGUGGACAUUCCCAUGAUGAUAAUUCCAGAAGCAAGAAGGGAACUCGGGAAGACAGUGGGGCAGGAAACGAAGGGAUCUUUAAUGUGGAUAGCAAAGUUCAAACAUCUUUUGAGGGAGAUCAUCAAAUUCCAAAGAAAAAACCAGAUAGUAGUACGCAGAUGAAUAUGAAAGGUGUCUUUCUUCAUGUACUGGCUGAUGCAUUAGGCUCGGUGAUUGUUAUUAUUAGUGCCUUGAUUAUUUGGCUGACUGAAUGGAAAUAUCGCUUUUAUGUUGAUCCAGCACUGAGUGUGGUUAUGGUGUGUCUGAUUAUGGCGUCAACGUGUCCUUUGUUUAUUGACUCGGCUAAGAUUCUACUACAGACAGUACCUACCCACAUUCAAGUAGACAGUUUAGAAAAUAAACUACUUCAGAAGGUUGAAGGUGUUAUGGCUGUUCACGAGUUUCACGUGUGGCAACUGGCCGGGAACAGGAUCAUCGCUUCAGCCCACAUCUUAUGUCAAAAUUUAUCUCAAUAUAUGGAAGUUGCCGAAAAAAUAAAGGAAUUUUUUCAUGAAGAAGGAAUUCAUUCAACAACUAUUCAACCAGAAUUUGUUGAAUUAGAAAAUCUUCAUCCAAACAAAGAAAACUGCGUUUUAGGUUGUCCGUCAGAAGGUAAUUGCAAAUCUCAAACUUGUUGUGGUCCUCAGGAUGUGAAAAGUCCGAACGUGAUAUCAAGCAGCUAUGAUGAAACUAUUUCCACCUCAUUAACUGUCAUGGGUCAUCAGUGUGCCUGCAGCUUUGAGUCCGACAUAAAACCGCAUUCAACUGAUGCAUUUGUAAGAUCUGGAUGCUACGGAAAUUUUAAACAAAUAACAGAUGACUACUGAGACUUCUCUAGAACCUAACAGUGUUAAACUUGUGAUAUUAGUAGCCCAAGUAUAAGUUAUAAAUUUAUUAACAGCUCGUAAUAAUUAGUUCAGAAAUGAACAACGUUUAAUAAGAUUUUAAAGUUAAGAAAAGUUUCGGCAAUCGCAAAAUAAACUAAAGAAGAGAGGGAAUGCAGAAAUGAGAUUCCCAUUUGUUUUGUGGUUACUGACGUACUUUCUGUUGACAAUAUAAUUUAAUAUUUUUAAAACUUGAAAGUGUAUGAUAGGCAUGUUGGUCUUCACAUGCUUACUAAAAUAGCACUAGUAGUUUAAGUGCUAAUGCAUGUUAAAUCCUUUUAAAAUUUACUGUUUUGAAUAAAAAAUUGCUCUCAGA